UCUUCUCGAGGAGGAAUGCCAUGGCGAUCCUGUCGCCCAGCGCUCCCGGCUGCUGCUGCUACAGCAGAAGAGUGAGAUUUUCUGGGGAUGGACGACGACGAAUGUGCAUCGGCGCCGUGAAGCUGGCCGAGCGCGCGAGAUUCUGGACGGGAUCUGGCUGUGCAUUUCGCAGCGGUGAGAUUUUACUGUUUGCCUCUCAGAAAAGGAAGAAUCGAGUGAAGAGAUGCAGCUCCAGCGGCAUGCAUUUUGCGACCAUGGCUGUGGAUUACUACGAAACGCUGGGAGUUCCAAGAACAGCCACCGUUCUGGAAGUAAAACAUGCAUACCGAAAGCUCGCGAAGAAGUACCAUCCAGACAAAGCUCCCGGGAACGAGGAGAAGUUCAAGGCAAUCAGUGCAGCUUACGAGGUGCUUUCGGACCCGGAGAAGAAAGAAUACUACGAUAAGUAUGGCGAUGCCGAUUUUCAAAACGGUGUGCCUCCUACGAAUCCUUUCGAUAUCUUCCAGUCUGUAUUUGGAGAAAUGGCUGGAAUGAGACCCGAGAACUUCCAGGGCGCGGAUCUUGGGUACGAGCUGCAUUUGGAGUUUACGGAGGGAAUUUUUGGAGCAGAAAAGAAGAUCGAAGUUUCACAUUUAGAAACAUGCAACAAUUGUGAUGGCUCUGGGGCGUACUUAGGAAAGGUGAAGCCAUGUAAGGCUUGCCGUGGCAGCGGACAAACAUUUGAAACACAGCAAGCAAGCUACGUUACAUUUUCCAAGGUUUCAGUUUGUACAGAUUGUGAUGGCCGGGGCGAAGUCAUUCUCGACUACUGUAGAACUUGCGGAGGCGAAGGCGUAGUUUUAACCAAGAAAAACAUUGACGUGAAGGUGCCAGCCGGUGUGAAAAAUGGCAACACACUACGAGUGCCUCAUGAAGGACAUGCAGGGCCGAGGAGGACCCCGCCUGGAGAUCUCUACAUCUCUUUGAAAGUAAAAGAUUAUCCUGGCAUCAAGAGGGAGGGGAAUAACCUCCUUUCUACCAUCUCGGUUAGUUAUGUGGAUGCUAUCCUUGGGACAUUAGUGGAGGUGAAUACACUGGGUGGUAAAGCUGUUAUACGAAUCCCUCCAGGUACUCAACCCGGUGACACGGUGGUGCUUCCAAAUCAAGGUGUUCCAAGGCUAGGUUCACCGCGUACUCGGGGUAGCCACAUUUUUACAAUUCAAGUAAAAAUUCCCAGGUCCUUGAGCUCUGAGGAAAUUCAGCUGGUAGAACGACUGGCUCAUUUGCAAAGGUUGAAGAGCGAUUGGAAAACAAAGAACACUUUCAGUGGGAGAAAAUCGACUCAAGGAAAUGGGGAAACUGGAUUUUGGCAAGCCUUCAAAAACGCAAUCGGGGUUGGGGGGUCUCGUCCUCGGAGCAAGUUCGGCACUAUGUCUCUACAACUGUCACAAAAGACUUGUCCUCAGUUUGGUUUUAUUUCUUCUGCUGGAGCUUCUACCGUAGUACUCUUGGCUGCAGUGCUCUGGACACUCUGCCGACCUCGAGAUUGCCAAAAGAGGUGAAGCACCGGUAAAGAGAACUCAUAUUUUAUUCGGCUUUCGUUCAGAGGCAUCAGCCCAGGUCUCCAUGACAGCAGCUACUCUUUCAAAGCUCGGAUCGAGACCUCUCAGCUUACCUUUAACCAUUCGAGCAA